AAGAGAAGUUCCAUACCUGAAGUAAAUGUGAAGUAGGAAGAAGUUUAGAGUGGCAAAAUGAACAGUAAAGACAAAGAAAACCAGCCUUUUGAACCACAUGAAAGCAGAGUGAAAACUCCACUGAAACAAAAAGCCACCUCCAAUUUGUUCUUGGCAGAGAUCCAGCCUGCUGCUUCUUGCCAUCUGAGGACACCACCAAAGCCUAAUGAAAUCUCUCCUGCAGAUCCAUGGACACCAACAGCUAACCUUAAAAUGCUGAUCAGUGCAGCUAGUCCUGAGAUUAGAAAUCGUGAACAGGGGAAAAAAUUAAUGGACAACAGAAGUGAAAUUCUUGAGGCAAAAUUCUGUACACAGGACCAUUUAUCAGGUGAUGAAUAUGAAAAAUCCCAACCAAGCCGUAAAGAAAAAAGUUUAGGACUGCUGUGUCACAAAUUUUUAGCUCACUAUCCUUAUCCCAGCCCUUCUGAAAACAAUGAAAUUUGUCUUGAUGAAGUAGCAGAAGAGCUUAAUGUUGAACGCAGACGCAUAUAUGACAUAAUGAAUGUUCUAGAAAGCCUUCAUAUGGUGAACCGGCUUGCCAAAAACAAGUAUGCUUGGCAUGGAUGUCAUAAUCUCAGAAGAACACUACAGGUUUUGAAAAAAGUGGCUGAGGAGAACAAGUACCUGCAGCAAAUUCAGUUGAUCAAAAAAAGAGAACAUGAAGAAAAGCCUGAGGGGAACGAUCAGAGAACUGAGUUGGUGGUGAAGCAUGAUAUUCCAAGCAACCAUAUGGAUAUAAGCUUUGUUGAACUACCUGGGAUGGAGUUUCGAGGAGCUUCAGUAAAUAGUCGUAAAGACAAGUCAUUAAGAGUGAUGAGUCAGAAAUUUGUGAUGUUGUUCCUUGUGUCAGCCCCUCAAGUUGUGAGUCUUGAAGCUGCUGCUAAAAUUUUGAUUGGUGAAGACCAUGCUGAGAAUUUAGAUAAAAGCAAGUUUAAAACCAAAAUCCGGAGACUGUAUGAUAUUGCUAAUGUUCUCAGCAGCCUUGAUCUAAUCAAGAAGGUUCAUGUUACAGAAGAAAAGGGCCGCAAGCCAGCAUUUAAAUGGACAGGACCAGAUGUUUUUUCAGAUGUUCAGGGUAGGUGUGUACCCAUAUUUCUGCAUUCAACAUUAGAAUUGAAGACUUCCAAAGAGCAUUGUUCCAAGAACCUUUUCCCCACAAGAUGUAAACAACGCUUCACACGGCAUCCAUCCUUAAUAAAAUUGCCAAAGAAUAUACAGAAUGAUCAUAGAAAAAUUCAUUCUGCUCCAAGCAGUCCCAUCAAGAAAAACACAAGUCACAUUCCAUCAAGUUUUCCAAGCAAGAUGGCUCAACUUGCAGCAAUUUGCAAACAGCAAUUAGAUGAGCAAUCAAGGGAACUGAAAAAGACAACAUUGAGACUGGCAUCUUCUCCCUUGCCGUGUACUCUGGCUUUGCAACCUGAAUCUUGUUUGAAAUGUGAAACAUUCUUGUUGCCUUCUCAUGUAGAGGUCCUGCCUGUGAUCCACAGCUCAGCGUCUCCACCAGUACUACCUCAUAUCCAUUCCAACGUGUCGUACGCAGUGUAUGUGCAUCCAUCCCAAACACAGAUGGCAACAGCAUACAAUCCAAGUUUCACAGUGCAGCCUGUUCCCUGUGCUAAUGUGAUUGGAAUCAAAUACCCUGCAAGAACUGGUUCAAAAGCAGCACCUGGUAAAAUGUAUGCUGAAGGCAAUGACAUCAACUUGGGAGAGAGUGACGCUCAUGCUAAAGGUGAGAGCCUCAGGGCUGCCGAGAAGCAAGAAGGUUCCAAAGAUGACUGUACACCAGAGAAACUUCUUAAAAGGUGUAAAUUAGUACUGGAGUAUAGUCCAGUUAAAAAAUGUAAAAGUGAGGAGGUAAAGCUUCAAGACAUGUUACUGGGAGAAUCCAUGAAGAAUUCAAACACCCAGUCUUCCGUAGCUUUACGUCUGGACCAGGAAGUCUUAGCUUCAUCAGCAGAAGAACAAAAUGAAUACAAAAGCAUGAAGCAAAGCAGAGGAGAUGAAUCUAAGCAGCAGAAGCAGAGAAAUCGUUUGGGAGAUGACAGUGCCUUCCCAGCACAGAAGACACCUGCACAUAAGGCUUGGUUUCCUUCAAGUUACCUUAUACCUGUUCCUCAAUGCACCCAACUUGGUAAUGAGAUGACUGCUUCUAACAAAGGAAAAGCAGAGAUGUGUUUAGCAGAACAAAAGUCCUACAGUUCCCUUACUGCUGGUGCCAUUCCAGUGACAUCUGAAUUUACAGCGGUUAAUCUCCCUGCUUUUCAUAUAACACCCAUGAACCUAAUGUUACCAACAUCUUCUGUACCUACCAUUCCUGUGGUAAACAACACUAUUCUUCCUUCAGUGGCUCAUGCUAAUCCUGUCCAGGCCCCAAAUUCUUCUGUCCUGAACUUUGCACUACAGCACUUUGGACUGAUACCAGCUACUCUGCAAAUAUCUGCAGAUCCAGGACUUGGAUCUGCCCUGAUUCAUCAAGGAGCAGAAUGUGUUAGUUCUGUCUCUAAAAGCGUAGAUUUGAAGCAAGGGGAAACAGUGGAGCACAGCCAUGAGUUAAAUGGAAAAGAAUUUCUAACAGUUUCGUUACAGCAGACCAAAGUUCCUGUUACAUGCGGAGUUUGUCAGGAAGGUAAUGAAACAGCCUUCCACGCAGCAAGCAAACCUGCCAUAGUUCCUAGCUCUUGUUUGUCAAAUUUUGAUGGAAGUUCCAAGGGACAUUGUUAG